GGACCGGAGGCCUUCCACGAUAGCGCAGCUCACGAUAGGGGCGCCGAACAAUGGUGACGGGUGCCCCGAAUGACCCGACCGAUAGCGCCACUGGCGGCGAUAAGUGCAUGCAUAGCACGUGUGCGUUAAAUCCGCGCCGACCAGAGCACCAGCGACAUUUGGUGUGACCAGAAGGUACCCUACGUAUAGGUAGCGGAACUAGGCAGCUGUAUCAGUGGACUUCAGUUCGAAGAUUGGGCGCAUUGCAGUAUGCCGGAUGCCAAGGAAGUGCUGGUGACGGGCGGCGCGGGAUACCUGGGCUCUUGCCUGGUGCCGCUCCUGCUGGACCGGGGCUGGCGCGUAGCUGUGUACGACACCUUCUCCUACGGCCUGGGUCCUCUGCUUCCGGUAGCCCACCGCGUGCGCCUGAUUCGUGGCGACGUCCGCGACGGUGCGGCGUUGGCGUCCGCGCUCAAGGGCGUCGGGGCCGUGGUGCACUUGGCAGCCAUCGUGGGCUUCCCGGCGUGCAGUCGUGACCCCGACCUCGCCGAAGACGUCAACGUGGGCGGCACUCGAACGCUGCUCGAAAAGCUCUCGCCUUCGCAGCGAGUCGUGUACGCCUCCACAGGUUCCUGUUACGGCGCCGUCACUGACGGUCUCUGCACAGAAGAGACCCCGGUAUCACCACUCUCAGUGUACGGUCGCACGAAGGCGGAGUCCGAGAAGCUGGUCCUGAAAAAAGGGGGCGUCGCGCUGCGUCUCGCCACCGUGUUCGGCGUGGCUCCCCGGAUGCGCGUCGACCUGCUCGCCAACGACCUGUCCCGGAGGGCCCUGCGUGACGGCGAGCUGGAGGUGUACGAGCCGCACUUCUGGCGCACCUUCCUCCACGUGCGUGACGCGGCGAGAGCCUUCGUGCUGGCACUCGACCGCUACGACGAGAUGCGCGGUCGCGCCUUCAACGUAGGAGACGACACUCUGAACGUGACCGAAGGCGAAGCUGGCACGGACUCAUCUGCGAGCGGGCCGGGGACCCGGCUGGUGCUGGGCGCUUCAGGUCGAGACCAGGACUGUCGAGACUACCGCGUGUCCCACGCACGUAUUCGAGAGCUGGGCUUCCGAGCGAGCAUCUCCCUCGAGCAAGGCGUCGACGAGCUGAUCCGAGUGCUGCCUCUCAUGGCACCCCACGAGCUUUACAUGAACUAGGCCCCACCUGGCAGUGCUGUCUUAACAACGACGCUGUCAAAACUGCUACCAUUAAAUGUUCUGUAGUCAUUGAAGCUUCUACUUGCACUCGAGCCACACAGAGCUCGUGUUUUUAUAGGAUGUGUGACGCCAACAAUAGGCUGGAGAAGCUACUCACCUUCGGGCAAAAGACAGAACCUUCUUCUCUCCUUUCGAAAGUCUAGGUGACAACUCUCUAGACCACCUAAAUCAUGGCUCACAAUGCAAGCAUCCGCCUGUGUAUGCAGAGUAAUAUUGAAAACUGGGCAAAGUGGUAACGAUUCAUUGUUCGAGGUAAACAGCGCGAAAAACGAAGCGAGAGAAAUAGAAAGACACAAAACCAGCGCUGACUUUAUACCGGUUGAAAGUCGGGGCUCGUCCUGUGCCUUUCUCUGUCUUCGUUUUUCGCGCUGUUUACCUCGAACAAUGAGCCCAUUUAUAGUUACGUUCAGAAAAAAAAGCACGCAGGACUUCGUACAAAGAAAACCGUUAAGUUUAGUGGGGCUAAUGCAUGGACUUGUGUUGCACUGGUGGCUCGGAGCGCAUGGAUGAGCAGAGGACACUGAAAACCUAACGCAUUAGUACCACUAGCCCAUGACUGUGCUGUUUGUGAACAUAGUACACGAGGUCGCUGUUGCCGCAUCGGUAAAAUCGCUGUUUUAAGCAGUCAUGCUCAACACCUUCAAUUGUGUGGUGAGUCCACUACACGUUGAAAUAAAUUUGUUUUAGUUGCAA